AUGGAGGCACCUUCUUCUCUGAAGCAGCAGGAGUUCUCUCUCGCAUCCGUCACUCAUCUCACCUCCCCUUCCGUUUCUUCGUCAUCAUCCUCUGUUGUAGCUACCUUUUCCUCCUCCGAUAACCAUCUCCGAAUUCAGGAAUCUGACUCCGACGACGCUUUCACUUUUGAUCUUAGUUCCGCUCAGUUGUUCAAGUUGGCGCCGCUUCAGUUCAUCUGUGUAUCUGAGAGUUUGGAUUCCGCAAAAGAGAAAUCAUUCUCUCGAGGAGUCAUGAUGAAAUUUAGGGACGACAAGGAAAGCAAGGAUUUUUCUGAUUCAUUUGAGGAAUGGACAAAGGAUGCUGUUAAACAAGGAUCACCCUUGCCAAACGGAACAGUUUCAGUUAAUAAAGGCAAGUUCGACAAUAAGAUAGAGGCUGCUUCAGCCAAAAUGUAUUUCCAUUAUUAUGGACAACUUCUACAUCAGCAAAAUAUGCUACAAGAUUAUGUGAGGACAGGUACAUAUCAUGCUGCAGUCAUGGAGAAUCGUUCAGAUUUUUCUGGUCGUGUUGUGGUCGAUGUAGGUGCUGGAAGUGGCAUUUUGUCAAUGUUUGCUGCACUGGCUGAUGCCAAGCAUGUGUAUGCUGUGGAAGCGUCAGACAUGGCUGAAUAUGCCCGUAAGCUGAUUGCUGGAAACCCCUUACUUGCUGAACGGAUCACAGUCAUCAAGGGAAAAGUUGAGGAUAUUGAGUUGCCUGAGAAGGCUGAUGUUUUGAUCUCAGAACCAAUGGGCACCCUACUGGUCAAUGAGAGGAUGUUGGAAACAUAUGUUAUUGCUAGGGACCGUUUUCUGUCUCCAAAUGGAAAAAUGUUUCCGACAAUAGGAAGGAUCCACAUGGCACCUUUCUCCGAUGAAUUCUUAUUUGUUGAAAUGGCAAAUAAGGCUUUGUUUUGGCAGCAACAAAAUUAUUAUGGAGUUGAUUUGACACCUCUGUAUGGAUCAGCACACCAGGGUUAUUUUUCCCAGCCCGUGGUAGAUGCAUUUGAUCCGAGAUUAUUGGUGGCUCCCUCGAUGUCUCAUGUGAUAGAUUUCUCUCAGAUGAAGGAAGAACAAUUUUACAAGAUUGAUAUCCCACUGAAGUUCACAGCAUCUGUGUGUACCAGAGUGCAUGGACUUGCUUGCUGGUUCGACGUUCUCUUUGACGGGAGCACGGUGAAAAGAUGGUUCACGACUGCUCCUGGUGCACCAACAACCCAUUGGUAUCAAAUAAGAUGUGUUCUCUCGCAGCCUAUUCACGUCAUGGCAGGGCAAGAGAUCACUGGUAGACUUCAUUUGGUUGCCCACAGUGCUCAGAGUUACACUAUAAAUCUAACUCUCUCAGCUAAAAUGUGGGGGCCUGGUGCCAAUCAAGGCGGAAUCCUCCAGACAUCAUCGUGCAAAUUCGAUCUGAAGGAACCAUAUUAUAGAAUGUCUCAGCCACAAGUAUACCCUGUUGUACAAGAACCACUGGCUCAAUCGCAAGACAUACAGAUACAGAGCGAUGACUUGGAAGUAGAGUUACUACAACAGAACGCAAACGCUCAGCUUUAG